AUGGGUCGUCAAUCUAGCAUCGAUCUCGAUUCACCCGAUCGCCCGUUCGAUAACAUCAUCAAUUUUCGGGAUGUCGGGAGGACAAUCAAUCAUUUCUGCGGCUCCGAAAUCUUGAAAGAAGGCGUAUUGUACCGCAGUGCCAGGCCCGACGAUGCAUCUGAACGCGAUAAACGGCGCCUUGCCGAGGAACUCCACCUUGCGACCGUCAUUGACCUCCGCUCCCAAACAGAACACCAGAUGGCCACUCGUAAACGGCGGACCGAGAUGGCCACCGCGGGCGCCACCCCCCAAGAAGCCGACUUGACCAAAAUCCCCGUCCCCGCGAACCCGGACGAGCAUAUCUGCAAGAUCCCCGAAUCACAACAUCUCUUUAUCAGCCUCACCGGCAAGGCAUUUGAGCGAGCACUGCUGAGCAGACUCGAUUGGAUGAGUUAUCUCCGAGUCAUCACCCUGGCUGUCACCGGCUAUCGCGCAGACGCCAUCCGCAUCAUUGGCGAAACCGUCAUGCGACCCCGCGGGCUGAUUGGUCUUGCCCAGGACUCCCUCGAGUCCAGCAUGUCCGAAUUCCGCACCAUUUUCACCACCCUUGCCACCUCCGCCGCAUACCCCGUCCUCAUCCACUGCACGCAAGGGAAGGAUCGCACCGGGAUCAUCAUUCUCCUCUUGCUCCUCCUCGUCGGGGUGCGCAUGGACGCAAUGGCCGACGACUAUGGCCGAUCGGAACUAGAGCUGGUACCGGAAUUCGAAGAACGGAUGCGCGAGAUUCGAGUUCUGGGUCUGGGCGAGGAGUACACGAGGUGUCCACCAGAUUACGUCCCGGAGAUGAUUGCUUUUUUGGAAAAGAAAUACGGCGGUGUGAAGGGGUAUCUGGAGAGGAUUGGGAUUGAUAGCGUGACGCAAGAAUUGAUCCGACAGAAAUUAAUGAACCAGGUUUGA